UUUUUCCUUUUUUCUUUUUCUUUUUUCAGUUCAAUUUCUAUUUAUAUAAUGGGUGUGUGUGCAUCGAGCGAAGAACGAGCUGAAAGGAUGCAUAGUUUUGCUAUCGAUCGUGCUAUCGAGGAAGAUGGUAAAAAGUUGGACAGUGAAUACAAGAUAUUAUUACUAGGUAGUGGCGAGUCUGGUAAAUCGACCAUUUUUAAGCAGAUGAAGAUUGUGUAUCAAGAAGGAUACACCAGAGAAGAGCUCAUAAGUUGGAAAGUGACAGUUUAUCGAAAUUUGAUUCAGUCUGCACAGUCUAUUGUGAAUGCAUUAAAUCAAUUUGAAUAUCAACUUUCAACUGAAAAGAAUCAAUACGAAGCUGAACUUUUAUCAGACUAUAAGCUACAAGAUAGUCUAAGCCCUGCGAUUGUUGAUGCCAUCAUCUCUGUUUGGCAGGAUCCCGUGACGAGUAGACUGCUAGAAGAAAAGUCGAGUGAGUUUUAUUUAAUGGAUUCUGCGCCUUAUUUCUUUGAAGAAAUCGAAAGGAUCAGUCAACCCAACUAUGUGCCUACGGUAGAUGAUGUGUUACAUGCAAGAGCAAAGACAACUGGUAUUGUCGAAACAAAAUUCAUGAUCAAACGAACCAGUAUACGCAUGUUUGACGUUGGAGGACAGAGGUCAGAAAGAAAAAAAUGGAUUCAUUGUUUUGAAGCAGUACAUUCUAUUAUAUUCUGUAUUUCAUUAUCUGAAUAUGAUCAAGUAUUGCUUGAAGAAUCUCGUCAGAACCGUAUGCUGGAAAGUUUAGUGCUAUUUGAAUCAGUUGUCAACAGUCGAUGGUUUGUCAGGACAAGUAUCAUCUUGUUUAUGAAUAAAAUAGACAUUUUUAGAAAAAAGAUAAAGAAGAUACCACUACAAAAGUACUUUCCAGAUUAUGGUGGCGGACCAGAUCAAGAAAAGGCAGCAAGGUAUAUUCUAUGGAGAAUCAGUCAAACAAAUAGGGCAAAAUUACAAAUUUUUCCUCACUUAACACAAGCAACAAGUACAACCAAUAUCAAGCAUACAUUCGAAGUGAUUCGAACAACAAUUAUUGAUAGCCAACUAAAAGAUUCUGGCAUAUUAUAACCCCUCCUUUUUUUGCAUCAUCUUGUACGUUCUCCCCUUUCCUUCUCCUCCUCCUCCUUUUCUUCUUC